GUGCCAUCUACUCCGUACUGUUCUCGAUCAAGCAUCCAUCUAUCCGCCCACUGCGGCGGACUGACCGGGGUCCCGAGGUGUGAGUAAUCCCUCCUCUCCCUUUACUCACCACCAAAGCUGAGCAAGCAAGCAGGACAGAGAAGCAGAACAGCGCAGAACAGCGGCGAGCACGAGGUACUUUGUUGAAAGUCGAGCCAUAGGGACACGCCUCCCCCCUAGGAACUUCUCGUCUGUGUUCCCUCCCAAGAGGGGGCGCUCUAAAUUGGAGCCAGGUUCCGUGUGCUCGUACGCUAAGGCAAGCCAGCCACCCCUGCCACCCCUGUCUUUCUCUGCAGCAGGGGACAGGGAUCAGAAAAGGGAGCUGCUUUGGUUCCUCCGGGCAGGCCACCACGCCCCGGUGCGAGACUGCGAGACUUUGGACUACACAGUACCACCCCCUGUGGACCUCUUUCGCGCGCAUUCCCACUCCCUCCCUUCUCCUCUCCCACAAAAACUGGGAAAACGCACCAAGUAAUUAAAUACCACGCUGCCCUCACCACUACUCUUGAACUUCUCCUCUCUUCUCAUGUUUUUGGCUUCUGCCAAUCAAUGAAUAUUCUUUGACAUUCACAGCUUCGGCUUCGGCUACCAACCACUUUCAACCCAACCUCGACCAAAGAGUCGUCAUUCGUUGCUUCGCUGGCGUCCUCCGAGAAGCCUCCAGCAACUUCCAUCCAUCACACACUACCGACGUCGAGAAGAUUCCUUCCCGAGCUCGGUAAUCUGGUUUCUAUCCUUGGUCAUCGAGGGUAACCUGUAGCAGUUAUAUCAAACUUGGUCAUGUUCGGGCACAGAAGACAAACUUCCUCUCCUCUAUCAUCCGACCGCAUACCAAGGUGACUUGCUUCACCUUUUCUUCGCGCCUCGACACCGGCGCGACACCCUGGCCCUGGAAUUACAACCACCUGCAUCGACACAACCUACCGACAUUUUGGGGGGAGUCGUGAGAGCUAGCAGAGGAAGCUGCUAGAGAAGAAAAAGAAGAAGACAGAUUUGAAGAAUACCGUGGACGCCUCCCAUCGACCUCGCCACAAAGAGCCAUCAGUCAACAUGGCCUACUCAUCCCCCUACCCCGGAUCUCCUGAGGAGUACCUGUACGCCCGGGAGCGAUACCAGUCGGCAACGCCAACUCCAUCCCCUCGGGGAUCCUCCAGCUACUACUACCCGCCCGGCUCAACUCCGCAGCGUCCGGCAACCCGCUCCCACUUCCGAACCACCAGCAGUGGCUUCAGCGAGUACAGUCCCCGUCCGCCGACGGCGUCGCCUCGAUACACGAGCGAUGGCUACUAUGCCACGGCAAAUGUGAGUAGUGGUCAUCAUUCGCGCAAGCAUUCAUGGGCCACUCCGUCGCACCCACCGCGCGAGCGCCGAUCUUCUUUUGUCUAUGUACGGGCCGCAACGCCCCACGGAGAAUCCGACGAUGAGAUUAUCGAAGUGGAUGGUCGUACUUAUCUGGUGCCGGGCAAGUCGUCACGGGCGAGGAGCAAGAGGCAUUCUGUUCAGGAGACUUUUUACUAUGAGGAUGGUCGAGGAUAUGCCACUGAUCCCCGUUCCUAUGCACAGAGCGGUUUUGCCUACAUUGAGCGCGAUAUCCCGGCGUAUGAGCCUCGCCCCUCCCGUACCCCUGCCAACAGCCACUCCCGCCGUUCCUCGACUUCGGUUCCCCAGAGGCCCUCCACCGUUCGCCCCGGCAGCAGUUCCCAAGCAUCUAAGAAGGCUCAACCUCAGACUGAGACCAAGAAGCCCCCGCCGCCCCCAGUGGCUCGCGCGGCCACUGACCAAGACGCCAAGAAGCACAAGAUCCCCUCAGGAUAUUCACUCAAGAACUGGGAUCCCACCGAAGAGCCCAUUCUUCUCCUGGGUAGUGUUUUCGACUCCAACUCACUGGGCAAGUGGAUUUACGACUGGACCGUCUACCACCAUGGCCCUGCCACUCCCAUUUCUGACAUGGCAGGUGAGCUGUGGUUGCUUUUGAUCCAGUUGGCCGGCAAGAUCAAGCGCGGAGAGGAGACUAUCGAACGCGUGCGCAGUGCCGAGAAGAAGGAAAUCCUUGAUGACUUCAUCGAUGCUGGAGAGCGUCUGACUGAUAAGCUUCGCAAGCUUCUCAAGACUUGCGAGGCUCCCAUGCUCAAGGCCAGCAAGAAGUCCUCUUCUCUCGGCAAGAACGCCGGUGUACAGUUCGUCGAGACUCUGUUCGGUAUCGAACGCGAGUUGGAAAAGACUGAGCGAUUCAUGCAGGGUGUUCGUCUCUUCAUCCUCCGAUUCGACGCCAACUGUGAUGACAUCCUCAAGAACCCUGAGAAGUAAACGCCCCCCUCAUCUUUGGACACUUUCCCUUGGUUUCCUUUCUGUCUAUACUGCCACAUUCCAUGGACGGAGUACCAUCAAGGAAGCCAACGGAUGAACCAUCGGAGCCAUACCUCAUUACCACCACAAAAAAAACCAAGAAAACCCAAUAUCGAACCGACGGAUGGAGUUGCCAAUUGUACGAUUAGGAAUUUGUUUUCCGGAUCUCAUUUUUCCUCGGGAGUUUCCACUUUCAUCUUAUUGAAACACGACGGAUUUGGAUUUCCCUCUAUUCAUCACCAUAAACAUAAUCUGGCGCAAGCUAUUAUGCAUCGGGGAUACACACCAAGGACUUUUUCUUUGCGAUACCCAAGAUACCACACGGACCCGAACCUACACGGGACGAGAACGACACGAACGAACGAACGCACGGCAUCAUCGACCUUGUGUUACAGGGAUGGACAUCAAAAGCAUGCUUUGGUUGCGAAAUGAUUACCACGGGCGACUGGAACACGUUUCAGUCAUGGAAAAGGAUAGCGUGUUUGCGCUUUUAUCAGGAAUGCUUGACUGUUUACUGGGCCUGGUUCAACACUAUUCGGAACCUUGCCAUCGCAACGUUUGCGCGCACAACAGGGAAACAGCUUUUACGUGUAAUAUGGUCGUUGAUUUGCAAGGACGCAGCCUCGACAAGUUGAAUUUAUCUAGACGGAUGCACGGGAUUUGAUUUUUUUAGUUUUUGUUUUUUGAUUCUUGGAUUGCACUACAGCAUCCACAACACGCCGCACUGGAAGCGCAGCUCGUCAUUUUAUUAUUACUGUUCACACGACUCGAUUAUUACGAGAGUCGAAACGCUUUUCCUUUCGAACUGGCAGGAAGAUUACGGAGGAGCUGGAUAUACCCCUUCCUUUCCUUGUUACUGGCUCCGCGGGGGAAGCGAGUCUGAGAAAUAGUUGCAGAAAUCAAUCAGUAUCAUUCUU